AUGGGCGGGGCUCGGGGGCUGGAAGAAGAGGCCACCUCCGAUGGGACUCCGUCACGAGUGGGAUCCAAAGGCGCGUGGGUGGGGGCAGUGAGGAGACACAGCCCGCGCAGGGCCGCCCUGGGCCGCCGGGUGGGCUUCACCAACAGCAAGUAUUUAAGGACGUUUGUAGCUGGUUUGGUGAAAGGCAAAAACGGAAGUGGAAUUCGAGCGAGAGUGGAUGCCAGCCCAGAGCGCCUCGUGCAGGCCCUGACCCUCGGGUCCUCGGCCCCGUCCCUCCCCAGCAGGUGGAACGGCCGUGUGUCCCCUGCCUACAGCUGCUUAAGCCCGAUGUGGUACCGUGACCGUAGGGCAGGCGCCGAGGUGAGCUCCCGCACCGCUGACGACCAAGCCCCGCCCGCACUGGCGGCGCAGCCCCGCGUCCUGCUGCUGCCUGGUGCCCCCCCCGGGACCUCGGGGCUCAGGCAGGUCUGUGGCUGGGUCACUUCUGUUCUGAAGGCCCCGCACCGGUCUCGGGGGGCUGGGAAGGGCUGGGGAGAUGAGGCGCUGACGUCAGCACUUGGCGAGAGCGCCCUGGCGGCCUUGGGGCCCACUGUGGUCAAGUCCAUGGCUGCCCUGGGCACGUGGCGCACUGCGGUCAUUCUGGAUGGCUACUUUGGCGUCUCGUGUCCUGCCGCUGUGAAGCCCCGGCACGUGGGCGCAGACCCUGCAGGCCCCUCACGCUCCGGCUCCACUCUGCGUGUGGAGCGCGCCCUGCCGCCUGAGCCCUUCCCGCAGAGGGAUCUGGGAAACGUGGUUUUCGGCUCCCCGGGCUCCACGGAGCAGGAAGGCCCUGCAAGAGCAUGGAGCGCCAUGAACAUGGCCCGGAAGGCUUCUGGAGACCGGCCCUCCCGCCGGCGAUGGGGAAAGCAGGCCUGCGUCUGGCGAGAGCAUCGCGGCGGCUGGGCCUGUCUGUCUUCUGGGGGCAAGCGGAAGCUGGCUCUUCGUGUCAGCUGUGACGGGAGAAUCACAUUUAAUCGGCGGCUGCUCGCAGGGACUGGGCCAGGACCCAGCUCUGCGGAGCUCGAUGUGCAUGUCAGCAAAGUGGGGCGUCCUGCCCCCUGCAGCCCUGGCUUCUGGGCUGGUCCCUCGGCGCCUGCUGAGGCUCAGCCAGCAGAUCUCCUGAAGGUUCUAGAUUUUCACAACCUGCCUGACGGCAUAACCAAGACCACAGGCUUUUGUGCAACGCGGCGAUCUUCCAAAGGCCCGGACGUGGCUUACAGAGUCACAAAGGACGCCCAGCUCAGCGCGCCCACCAAGCAGCUGUACCCUGCAUCUGCAUUUCCUGAAGAUUUCUCCAUUCUAACCACUGUGAAAGCCAAGAAAGGCAGCCAGGCCUUCCUGGUCUCCAUUUACAACGAGCAAGGCAUCCAGCAGAUUGGCCUGGAGCUGGGCCGCUCUCCGGUCUUCCUCUACGAGGACCACACAGGGAAGCCGGGGCCAGAGGACUACCCCCUCUUCAGAGGCAUCAAUCUGUCGGAUGGCAAGUGGCACAGAAUCGCUCUCAGCAUCCACAAGAAGAAUGUCACGUUGAUCCUGGACUGUAAAAAGAAGACCACCAAAUUCCUAGACCGUAGCGACCACCCCAUGAUUGACGUCAACGGCAUCAUCGUGUUCGGCACGCGGAUUCUGGAUGAGGAAGUGUUUGAGGGAGAUAUCCAGCAGCUGCUCUUCGUCUCGGACCACCGGGCGGCUUACGAUCACUGCACGCACUACAGCCCUGACUGUGACACCGCGGUCCCCGAAAAGCCCCAGUCCCAGGACCCCAACCCGGAUGAAUACUACCCGGAUGGAGAGGGCGAAGGAGACACCUACUACUACGAGUACCCCUACUACGAGGACACGGACGACGUGGGCAAGGAGCCCACCCCCACCGAGGCGCCGGUGGGAGCUACUCGCGAGACCACGGAGGUGGCCGAGGAGCUGACCCAGCCCCCCACGGAAGCCUCUCCAGUGCCCGACACCAGCGAGGGGCCCGGGAGGGAGGAGGACCCCGGCAUCGGGGACUACGACUACAUGCCCAGCGAGGACUACUACACGCCCCCCCCUUACGAGGACCUCAACUACGGCGAAGGCAUGGAGACCCCGGAUGAGAACCCUGACCAGCUUCCCGACCUGGGCGCCCGGGCCGAAGUUCCCACCAGCACAGUCCUCACCUCCAACGCCUCCAACCCGGACCCGCCUCCGGAGGAAGGGGGGGACGACCUGGAGGGGGAGUUCACAGAGGAGACCAUCAGGAACCUGGACGAGAACUACUACGACCCCUACUACGACCCCACCAUCUCCCCGUCGGAGAUCGGGCCCGGCAUGCCCGCGAACCAGGACACCAUCUACGAGGGCAUCGGAGGGCCACGCGGCGAGAAAGGUCAAAAGGGAGAACCCGCCAUCAUCGAACCAGGCAUGCUCUUGGAGGAGCCGCCCGGCCCGGAAGGCCCCGCCGGUCUCCCAGGACCUCCAGGAACGAUGGGUCCCACUGGCCAAGUGGGGGACCCGGGAGAACGGGGUCCCCCUGGACGCCCAGGCCUUCCUGGGGCUGACGGGCUGCCCGGCCCUCCUGGAACCAUGCUCAUGCUGCCUUUCCGGUUCUCAGGGGGCGGCGAUGCCGGUUCCAAAGGACCCAUGGUCUCAGCCCAGGAAUCCCAAGCUCAAGCCAUCCUCCAGCAGGCCCGGCUGGCGUUGAGGGGACCAGCUGGCCCGAUGGGCCUCACCGGGAGACCUGGCCCCAUGGGCCCUCCCGGGAGCGGAGGUCUGAAGGGCGAGCCGGGAGACAUGGGGCCUCAGGGUCCCCGAGGUGUGCAGGGUCCGCCCGGCCCGGCAGGAAAGCCUGGAAGAAGGGUGAGUGUUUCGUGGCUCCGUGACGGGGCUGGGCCGUGGAUGGGCGGAAUCUGCAGCGUGUGUGCCCCGCUAACGCCGCCUCGUGCAGGCCAGGCUCAGGCUAGCUGCUCCCCGCCCUUCAAAGGGUGUGUCUGUCUCCAGGGCUGGGUGGGUCCCCCGCCCCUGUCCCCAGCCUCUGUCCUGAGCCUCUUCAGAGCAUGCAAGGCGGAACACGGGCGAUUCCUCAGUGGUGACGGGGCCUCCGUCCGGGAGUCAGUCGUCCUUAUGAGGGAGGCGGUGGAGUGCGCCGCCGUCAGGCACGGCUGCCUCACGUUGCCCCUCAUGGCCGCAGGGCCGCAGGCUGCAGAGGGAACCAGGCAGGAGGCAGAGGGCGCGCCGGACGACUCUGGAAAGGCCACCGAGGCCGAAGCGCAGUGA